UUGAAAAUGGCCUACCCUUUAUGCCUUUAUCAUUAAUUAUGAUCUUACAUGUUCUUUAAAAACUUUCCCAAUAUUUCUAAACUAUAUAAUAAAAAGAAAGAAACAAGCUUUCAAAUGGUAUCUGGAGUUUAGAAGUGAAGAAUCUAUUCUCCUUUUCUCUUUCUUUGUUUAUUGUUUCACUUCUCUCUCUCUCUGUUUUUUUCAAUGGACAUUUCUAGGAAAAGGAGGAGUCUGCUUAAGGUCAUCGUCCUUGGAGAUAGUGGGGUGGGAAAAACCUCUCUGAUGAAUCAAUAUGUAUAUAAGAAAUUCAGUCAACAAUACAAACCUACAAUUGGUGCUGAUUUCAUGACGAAGGAACUACAUCUUGAUGACAAGUUGGUGACUUUGCAAAUUUGGGACACAGCAGGGCAGGAAAGGUUUCAAAGCCUUGGGUCUGCGUUUUAUCGAGGAGCAGAUUGUUGUGUUCUUGUAUUUGAUAUAAAUGUUCUUCGGACAUUUGAGACACUGCACAACUGGCAUGACGAAUUUAUUAAACAGGCCGAUCCAACACGCCCUGAGAUCUUUCCUUUUGUGUUAUUGGGAAACAAGGUGGACUUAGAUGGUGGACAUAGCCGAAUGGUCUCUGAGAAGAAAGCUAGGGAAUGGUGUGCUUCAAAGGGAAACAUACCUUACUAUGAGACGUCGGCCAAGGAGGAUUACAAUCUCGAUGAAGCGUUUCUAUGCGCUGCAAAAAUUUCUCUAGACAAUGAACACGAACAAGACAUUUACUUCCAAGGUAUGUCAGAAACCAUCUCAGAAGUAGAACAAAGAGGAGGUUGUGCCUGCUAAAUAAGCUGACUAAAAAGUAAUAACAGGAUCUAUCUAAUUUGGACUAUUUCUUUUCUUUUGUAAAUUUGUUGUGAUUUAUUCAUUCUUUCCUGGAUGGGACAAAGUUCUUGUAACUAGGAUCCGUCGAAUAGACGGUAAGUUUGAUUUUCGUUACAUGGAAAACAAGGUGACACCAACCAUGUUCUAACACUUAAUAAGCCAUAAAAAUGCAUUUGCUUGCUUGACUUGUUA